AUGAAUUGGCCUGAGAAUGCGUCUAAACUUAGUAAUGAUGAGAUUUAUGAUAAAUUGAAAGGAUGUAUUUUUGGUGCUGCAUUAGGUGAUGCGGUGGGUCUUGCCACAGAAUUUUUAAGUAAAGAAAAAGCUAAAAAAUUAUAUGGCAUUGGUCCUAUAUCUUUUGGUAGUGAUAAAGGUUACAAAUUUUAUGCUGAUAGACAUAGAGGAAAAUGGUUUGAGGGUGAAUGGACUGAUGAUACUGAUCAACAACUUCUUAUUAUCGAUUCUUUACUUUGCUCUAAUGGCAGAUUCAAUACACGGGAUUUCGCAAAGCGUUUAAGCAAAUGGGUUGAUGAUGGAUAUCCAGAACUCGACAAUAAACCACCAAAUGGAAUUGGUAAAACUGUUGGUACUGUAUUGAGACAUUCAAAAUUCACGAGUCAGCCACAUCGUGCUGCUUGGGAUACAUGGAUUCAAUUUAACUGUAACAUGGCUGCAAAUGGUGCUUUAAUGCGUACUGCAAUAUUGGGCUUUCCUUUCUUUUGGGAUGAAAAACAAGUAAUUAAACAAACUUUACAAGCUACUAAAACUACUCAUACCGAUCCAAGAUGCUGCGUCUCUAGUGUGAUUGUUACUAUUUUAAUUUCAAGAUUAAUUCAAGGAAAUAUACAAGAAUCCCUUCCAGACUUAGAUGAUUCGACAAAGCAAAAUAUAUUGUCAUGGAUGCAAUCUGGAAAUCCUGAUAAUAAGAUAGAUGAUAAUAUUGAUAAUGAUGAUCUUCCACUGAACAACGAAUCAUCAAAAAGGAAAAGCUUUGUUAAGCAAGUAGUAAACAAAGUAGGAACCUUUCUUUCUGAUAAAAAUGACCAAGAGACAUUAUGGUAUGAACGUCAGAAAAAAAUCAAUACUAGUUUAAAUAGCUCAAAACAAGAUCGUGAAGUUCCAAAAAUUCCGGAUCCUUUACCUCCUGGAAUGGACACUUUCGGUGCUGACCCUGAAAUACUAGCAUUAACAAAAUCUGUAGUUGAUAGAUAUAAGUUCAUGAUCAAUACCGCAUCAUCUAACAAAGUAGAACUUACAAAAGGCUCUCGAUUCAGUAAAUUUCAGACAGAUAUGAGCGAAACUGCUCUUUUGCAACAUUGUUUUCCCGAUACUUUGGCUGAUUUGAAAUUGGAUGAAUCCUCAGGCAUUGGAUAUGUUUAUAAGUGUCUUGGUGCUGGGUUGUAUUGCUUUACGAGAAAUUUGAACAAACAAAGUAGUGAAGGUGAUGCUUUCAAGAAGAUUAUCACGGAGAUGAUACUGGAAGCCGGGGACGCUGAUACAAAUGGAGCAGUAGCCGGAGCUUUAUUGGGCUCCAGGAUUGGAUAUAGUAAAUUACCUAAAGAAUGGGUUGAAGGCUUGAAAUUUAAAGACUGGCUAGAAAGGAGAACUGAUAGUCUUUGGGCUAUUUUAUCUAGUAAAGAACAAAAAUAA